CUAGGUUUUCAUUAGUUAUAAUAAAACACAAGGUUAUUAUUAGUAGGUAUUGAUUCUAUGGACUCUUCUCUUAAUUUCAAAAUACGAAUGUUUCUAUUUUUGUUCACACUAAAGCUAAACUAGUCUAAAAAGCAUGAUAUAAUUUUCCCUUCCUUUUAGCUGCAUCCUCUCCAUUUUAUAUGCCCAAUAUGAUUAUUUAAAGGUUAGAGUAAGCUUCAAGAAUCGCAUCUAAAACUUCUUUAUUCAGAAAUCUUUCUCACAAUACCCAUUUUCUAAACCCUAUGUCCAUAAAGCCUUCUUAAAGUCUCUCUUGAGGUCAUAAAGCACAAAGAAUGCAUACCUAUCUUAAGGGAAAAUUAGUAAUUUCUUCAUCUCUAUAGACUAUCUAGACUUAGACCUUCAUCCGAUAUAUCAGCGGUAGGCUUCACUUUAAAGGACUUAGGUAUAGACCCGUGCUUCUGCAGGCUCCUUAAGAUGCCAACAAAACUCUUGAGCCUUAACCUAUUGGCAAUUCAUGACUUGGACAUCAAUAAAGAAUUUUUUAUCACCUAAAUUAAAUUGACAAAAUAGUUAAGAAGCGCAAAAGUGAUGAAUAUUUGCCAAAAAAUUUAUACAAUGUCGAUAAUUCAGGAUAAAAAGAAAAUGACAGAGACCACAAGUGUUGUCACUCCUUAUUUUCUAAAUAGUAUCUGCUCUGAAGUCUUUUAUUUAAAAUAUGGAGUCAUGGCAGAUUUCAUCUCUGCCAUUUCCUUUUUAUUUUUGAUAAGCAUCAUUGUAUAAAAUGUUUGAUAAGCUACCUACCGCUUUCGCAUUUAGACAUAUUUUCUCAAUUAAAUUUAAGUUUAAAUUGCAUAAAAUAAUGAGUCACAAAUUCUGAUAUUUCUAAAAUUCCAAUAAUGUAUCAAGAGAAGCAAUAAAAAAUACCUAUAGCCGUGUCGUGUCCUUCUAAAUGGGAAAAUCAGGUUUAGGAUUAGUUCCUCGAGGGUUAUUAUUAUUUAAUCUGCAAACUCAUCAGAAGAGACUAGGAUAAGUAGCUAUUAAACUUAUAGCAACAUUUUUAAAAGGACUUAUUUUUGCCCAACUUUAACUUUAAAAAUAUUAAGAAAUUGAAUAGGGAAGAUCUUGAAUCUCAAGGCUUAAUAAUUAUUAUUCAUAAUCUUAAAAAUCUCUCGAAUUAUCGAACGAAGAGUUAAACAAGAUGUCAUUGUGUUUAAAUAUAGCCUAUCUUCUAGUUCAUCUCAACUUCAUUCGAGAUUGAGCAAAGACAAUAAACUUAGUUGAAAUAUCUAUAAUAGGUUUGUUCAGCGUAUUUAAGCAAAGGAAAGUAAAAAUCACCUUAAGUUUUUACUGUUUAAUGUCUUCUAAAAAUACGACUUUCGAAUUCUGUUUCGCCUAGUUAUCAACAUAAUAAUUCGUAUUUAUCAUCCUAGACCUCUUAGUCUUAUAAUUGUGGUAAAAAUUAUAAUCUACCACUCCUAAAAUUUUACUAAACACAUGAAAAUCCUCAAAACUCCAGCUUAGUAAUGAAGCUUAUCCCCAAAAAUUAUUUUCAAGCUCUAACUUGUAAUCUUUGCUGUGGAUCAUUUCCUGGUGUAAAAAUAGCUAAAAUAGCUUCUAAAGAGCGAAUUCAGUUCAAAAUUAGUGUCCUAAAAACUCUAUGAGUCUUCCAAAUUUUAUUGUGAACUAAUACGUUUGGGCUUCACCAAAUCGUCCUAAAUUACAUUCGAUUAUUAACUUACUGCACAUUCUGGAUUUUUCAUUUGGUAUAUGAGGUUUUAGACUUUAUGAGUAUGAAAAUUUUGAUUAAAUAUAUAAUUAAAAGAUCUCACCCUCUUUUCCGUUGCUCUUAAGACUUCAUCAUAAUUUCUACUGCUGCUUUUUAUAGAGAUUCCAAAAGUUUUCUUCGAAAGAAAAAUGCAGAAGUUCAAAAUACCGAAGAAAUUUUGAAAAAGAUUCGUCACCACAGAAUGAGAAAAUUUGAGGGUUAUGAAUCCAGUAGAGGCAAUAAAUAAAAAAGAGGCAUCAAACCAGAUUUUUGCCUUAUUUUUGGAAUGCUUAAAUCCUGAUAUAGCUAAGAUUUUGGGUCCCUGAGAGGAGCUAUUUCUAGAAAAUGGAAACAUUUGAAAAUUUUGCUCAAGAGAUAAUCACUGGACUCUGGUCGAUUUUUCUUCUUAGAGUAGGGAGUCAGAGAAAUUAUGCAAUCUUGCCAAAAUUUAUUAAAAAAUAGCAGUUUCCGAAUGUCAGGUUUAAUAAGAUAUCUCAUGUUCUUUCAACAUGGUGGAGGCCUUCUAAAAUUUUCAUUAAAACUCUUGACUUCAAUGGGAUCUUAACUAGAUUAAGCUACUCGGGAAUAAUAAUAUUAAUAAUCGGAUAUUUACCUAACAGAAAUUGUAAUCUUGUUAAUUAUGGUAUAAAAUAUCAAAUCUGAACUAUGAUCGACC